AUGGGGACGGCUGGGUAUGGCGUGGACGACUGCAGUAAGGCUGUCAGCAAACUCGGCUGCUCAGGCCUCUGGGAGCCCAUCAAGGACUUCUGCCCCGUGUCCUGCGACACCAUCGAGUGCUCUUGGCGCUGCACCCGGGACGAGGUGCCCAAUCUGAACCAGCGCAGGUGCUGGCAGAUGGUAGAGAAGGAUGGGCUCUCCUGCGUCGAUGCCAUCCGGCAGGGCCAGGACUGCCACUGCAAGUGCGCCCACAGCUACUUCCGCAUGGCGGGCGCCCCGGGCCGCGCGCAAGGCGGAGCCUUCAAAGUGAGCGACAAGAUCGACGAGGUGCAGCUCUCUUUGGACAUGAAGGCCAUCGUUGGCCGCACACUGACUAUUGACUUCACUGGCGAGAGGAUGCGCUCGGAAGACGUGGGGCACGGCCAAGGCCCGCGGAUGAAGAUCAUACCCGAUGGGCAGCUCUGCGGGCGUGAGGGCAUCGCCUUCAACGUCACGGGUCUGGAGUGUCAGCAGCCGCCAGACGCCGGGCCGCUGUCAGGCUUCAUCUGCACCACGCCCCCCAGUCUGGCCACCGAGUUUCUACACCGCUGGGGCGGCAUCGUGGUGAACGCCUGCGGCAAGUAUAUGCUGUGCCAUUGCAACGAGAAGUGCGACGUGCAGUCCAAUUGGGCUCGCGCGGGCUACCUGGAGGUUGAGCCCGUGAUCAACUUCAACACUAUGGCGAAUCCUUUGCCGGGCUGCGACGUGUACAUGCCCACGCUCCCGCCGGCGACCUUGCCGGACGGCCCAAGUGAGGUGUCCCAGAAGUCGCUGGUCACGACCUACGUGAGCCUGGAGGGGGGGAUCAGGGCCAUCGCCCCCGUGCUGCAAGCGGUGGCCGAGGCCUUUGCCGCUUUUGCCGCGGUGAGGUCGGAGCUCCUGGGCGCGGAGGUGCCGACGCCGCAGGACGUGGAGGUGGAGGACUACGAGAGCCGGGGCCGGGGGCUCAGUCCCCCCGUUUCCACCCUUCUGCUGGCCGUCCCCAUGGCUGAAGCCAACGGCAGCUGA